AUGCGAAUCUUUACUACUCUAAUGGUAUUGUGCAUCGUAGGUCUCGGUUUCACGACGCUUCAAGUGGUGUGUUUGGACAAAAACAAGAUUAUUUUAGGCGGGGCAGUCAUUGCUAAGUUCGCGCUGCUUAAAAAAAAGUUUGGCGGAGGCGGAAACCAAGGUGGCGGAGGUCGUGGUGGAGGCUGGAAUGGAGGGGGCGGUGGUGGAGGCUGGAAAGCAGGAGGCGGCGGCGGCGGUGGUGGAGGCUGGAGUGGAGGAGGCGGUGGUGGAGGCUGGAAUGGAGGAGGCGGUGGUGGAGGCUGGAGUGGAGGAGGCGGUGGUGGAGGCUGGAAAGCAGGAGGCGGCGGCGGUGGUGGAGGCUGGAGAGGAGGAGGCGGCGGUGGGAAGUGGUAA